AUGGCCACAACCAAUUCCAUAACCUCCUCAACAUCAACCACAACAUUGUCUCCUUUUGAUAUUACCACCAACUCUACAACAACUUAUUUACCUUUAAAUAAUCAAUUAAUUCCGCCUGCUUCUUCAAAUUUAAUAUUACCUUCAGAAAGGUUUUACAAUCCAAGUUUAUUUAAUUUGAGUCAACAACAACAAGUUUAUAAUGCUUCAGAAGCGUUGCCUGGAUUAUUGGCUUCAAUUUUACAAAAUCGUGACCAACACCACUCUGCUUCAACCUCUUCUCUUCCCCUAUUUUGUGAAUUAACUUCUAAUUCUCUACUCUCUCAACAGCAGCAAUUACUUGCGUUAAUUAGGCAGCAAAAUCAAUCUUCUCCAAUUUCACAAUUUUAUUCAACAACAGACUUGACACAACAAAAUUAUUUUAAUGGAAUACAGGCAAAUGCAUUUGAAAGCCUUACUCUCGCAAAUUAUCAAAAACUUGCUGCAAACAGAAAUGUGGGAAUAAAAUCUGAGGUGACUUCGCCAGCAUCACAAAUUAACGGAAUUGAAGCAUUAAAUAUUCCUCCAACUAUUAAUAAUUUAAAUAAUAAUUUUUCAACAAAUAAACAACAAAAUUUGGCCUCUUUGGAACAACAAUUGCUUGUUCUCCUUAAUCUCCAACAACAACAACCCCAACAUUCCCAAACUGAUUGUACUUCAAAUCCUAAUAAUUUAAAUGUUGCAACAGUAAUUAAUGAUGUUUUUGGAACAAGAGAAAAUUUGAUAAAAAAUUCUGCAAAUUUACAGCAACAAAGUACUCAACAAAAUUCUUUGGAGU